GACUGCUUCUAAGAGUUUCCAAUCAGAGUUAGGCUCAACAUGUCUCAAUACUACAUGCCAACAUGUCUACGUUCGUAAGCAUGUACAUAUGCAAUGUUCAAACCUUAACAAUUGGAUGGUGGUGGAAUGACCAUCUCCGCUGUGGAAAAGUUUCUAUUCCGCUCUUAUCCCGAUCCUCCUUCCUUGUUACUCGGGUUCCAUCACAUCACGGACGGGAUAUAGAUAACCGGGACGUACGGUUUUUUGAUCGUUUUGAACUUCUUCAUUUACCGCGUGAACAAAAAGGAAGGGCUGGCCGAAGCUCGAAUUUUAAAGAAAUCUCCCGAUUCGGAUCAAGAGCUAAUUGACAGGAUUGAUAUUCUUGCUGCUCUUUUGGCUGCCUGGAGAGUUGCCAUGGAGACUCCCUUAUCGUCAACUUCCUCUUCCGAGAUGAUGGCAGGCCAUGAGUCUCUCAAUAUUGAGAAGGAAAAAUCUAGACCCGAGAACGCCCACCCGAACACUCUCACUCCUGUUCAAAGCAAAAUCGAACACUUUAAUUCGCGCCCCCGAGAGUUUACUUUCAUCGCAAUAAUAUGUAUGGCCCAACUUAUGACGCAAGCCGCAUUGGGUCAAGCGAUUGCUCCAUUACACAUCAUUGGAUCUAGUUUUGGCGUCACAAAUCCUGGACAGCUGAGCUGGUUUGCUGCUGCAUACUCACUGACGGUCGGUACAUUCAUUAUUAUUGCGGGACGUCUAGGAGAUCUCUAUGGCCACAAACUGCUCUUCAUAAGUGGUUUCUUUUGGUUCGCACUUUGGUCACUUCUAGCUGGUUUCAGCGCGUACUCGAAUGCAAUCUUCUUCGAUGUUGCUCGUGCCCUUCAAGGAAUUGGACCGGCUUUUCUUUUGCCAAAUGCUCUGGCAAUCCUUGCUCGUAUCUAUGAGCCAGGAAGGAAGAAGGAGAUGAUUUUUAGUCUCUUUGGUGCCACAGCUCCAACAGGCUUUACUCUCGGUGCAACUUUCUCGAGCAUAUUUGCGGAAUUUGUCUGGUGGCCUUGGGCGUACUGGGUUACUGCUAUGGUUUGCGUCCUACUCGCUAUAGUAGGCCUUGUUGUCAUUCCCCACACACCACCUCCACAAUUUGAUCGUUCAGUCAGUAUGUUCAAGCGAGCUGAUGGUCUCGGAGCCUUGACCGGAGUUGCAGGAUUGGUCCUGGUUAACUUUUCAUGGAAUCAAGGACCUGUAAUUGGCUGGACUACCGUUUAUGUUUAUGUUAUUCUGAUUAUUGGGGCUCUUGUGCUCGGACUUUUCGCAUUCAUCGAAUCUCGUGCGCCAUACCCAUUGGUACCAUUUGGUGCGUUUAACUCUCACACUGGUUACACACUUGCAUGUAUUGCAGGUGGAUGGGCUAGUUUCGGGAUCUGGAUCUUCUACUUCUGGCAAUUGUUGGAGGAGAUUAGGGGGAUCAGUCCACUCCUCGCAUCGGCAAUGGUCUCGCCUACAACUAUAAGCGGACUUUGUGCAUCAUUGACUACGGGAAAGAUCCUUAGCAAAGUCCCAGCCAGUACUGUGAUGAUGAUUGCUAUGACCGGCUUUCUCAUUGGAUCAAUUCUGAUGGCCACGGUUCCUAUCAAUCAAACAUAUUGGGCACAAACUUUCGUUGCAUGUGUUGUAACUCCUUGGGGAAUGGAUAUGUCAUUCCCAGCAGCAACGAUUCUCCUAAGCGAUUCCAUGCAUAAAGAUCACCAAGGGCUCGCCGCCUCUCUUGUCAACACGGUCGUCAAUUACUCAAUCUCGAUCGGUUUAGGUAUUGCCGGAACUGUAGAAGUCCAGAUUAAUAACGGCGGAAAGAAUCCCAAAGAUCUUCUGAAAGGAUACCGUGGAGCUCAGUAUGUAGGAAUUGGACUGGCGGGACUGGGCGUGGCUUGCUCAAUCAUGUUUUCGUUGUCGGAGAGGAGGAAGCGGGCUAAGGAUAGGAAGGAGGAGGGGCGGAUAGAGGAACCUUGAUUUGUUGACGAAGCGAUUGAUUUUUAUAUAUACCCUGGAAGUUUGCAGCUGCUGUUGCUUGAGUAGCAUUUGAUAGAUUAUGUGCUGUACUGUCACAAAACAAGAGUAACGAGAAUAACAAGAAGAUAUACAAUAAACCUUCAUUUACGCACA